AUGACCUCAUAUGCACAGAUAGCUGAAAUUUCUCAUGUCGCUUUUAUAUAUGGUCAUUUCGAUAGUGAAAAUGUCUGUGAUCCACCGGACGAGACAACCGAAGAAAAACGCAAGACUUCAAGUACAGGUAGGCGAGUUGUACCUAUGGCCAGGAUAAGCGAAUCCACUUGGACUCCAUUAAAUGGAACACCGUAUCAGAUGAUACCGAAAGGAAUUGAACCUUUCCACCGAAGCGACUACAUGAAAAAACCAUGA